UAGCGGCACGUAACAUACUAGAGCAAAACACCUCCGUGAUCAAGUUAGCUCAGUGCUGGCCCUAGGUGGCAAGCGCAGCGCUAGAUCUGCGCUGUGAGAAGUGCAAGAGGCAUCGCCUGAACGGUCUCCGUGCACCCUGCGACGCCGAGGCCCCGGAGCAUCGACCUGAGGUCACUGCAAGCAGGAGCGGCUCUGGAGCAAAUAUGCGCUCCCUCGUCGCCGUGCUGCUUGCCGCGCCGGCCCGCGCGUUCGUCUCGCCGGCGCGCGCGCCCCUGGCACCGGUCAGGCAAAGCGUGCCGCCGCCGCUCCAUGCCAGCCCCGUCGACCUGGCCCAGCUGCCCACCCAGCUCGUGGCGGAGCUCGAGAACGCCGUGCCCAUUGAUAAGAGUGGAUGGUUCGGCGGCAUCGUCCAGGCCAUGGAGUCGGUGAUCACGUUCCUCCACGAUGUGGUAGGGAGUUACGGGAUCGCCAUCGUGUUGUUUACACUAAUAUUAAAGGUCGCGACCUUCCCGCUAAACAAGGCCCAGAUCGAGUCCACGACGAAGAUGCAGGCGCUCCAGCCGGCCAUCAAGAAGAUCCAGGCGACGUACGCGGCCGAUCCCGACAAGAUGAACAUGAUGAUGGCCCAAUUGUAUCAGGAGAACGAGCUCAACCCGCUGGCCGGGUGCCUGCCUUCGCUUUUACAGAUUCCGGUCUUCAUCGCGCUGUACAGGGCGCUGCUGAGCUUGGCGAGGGAGGACCUCUUGGAGGAGUCGUUCCUCUGGAUCCCGAACCUCGAAGGGCCCGUCUUCGGCGCGCAGAACGCGGACUGGCUCUUCAAGUUCGACAACUGGAACGGCGCCGUGCCGCCUUUGGGGUGGUCGGACACGGCCGCUUAUUUAGCAUUACCCGUGCUGCUCGUCGUGGCGCAGAGCGUGUCGACGCAGCUCCUGGCGCCGCCGGGGCAGAGCGACGAUCCGAACGCGCCCGGCAACAACGCGGUGCUCAAGUUUUUGCCAGUGAUGGUUGGGUUCUUUUCGCUCAACGUGCCGGCGGGCCUGACGAUCUACUGGUUCUGCAACAAUUUGAUCACGACGGCCUCCACCUUAUAUAUUCGGGGCACCGUCGAGGCCAACCCGGUGACGAUGGGCGGCGCGUCGGCCGCGCCGCCGGCGCCCAAGAAGCUCAAGAAGAAGAAGAAGGCGAAAGCAGGUCCCGCCUUCGAGGACCUUGUCGCCGCCGCGCCCAAGGCGGCGGCGGCGCCGCCGGCGCCGGCGCCGCCCGUCGUCGCCGACGCUGCCGGUGUCGUCGACGUGGUGGCGGAGGCGGUCGUCGACGCUGCGCCCGCGGCUGCUGUGGUCGACGUCGCGCCCGCGGCGGCGGCCGAGGAGGACGGAAUCUCAAAGAGCGCCGCGAAGAAGAAGGCCAAAGCGCAGAAGAAGUCGCGACGGAGCAAGAAGUCGCGCAAGUGAGCGGCGCAGCCAGACGGCCGAGCGCGCGCCCCUCGUCGCCGUUGGGGGAGUAACUCGUCGAUACCU